AUGAAGGUGCACGUCAAGAACUGGCACGCUAUCGCGCAGUGGCGGUGGGACACGGGUGCCUCCGACAUGGAUGACGACGGCGAGGGCGACGUGUGCGGUAUCUGUCGCGUUCCGUACGAGGGAUGCUGUCCAUCUUGCAAGAUGCCUGGCGAUGACUGUCCGCUGAUCUGGGGAGAAUGCAGCCACGUCUUCCACAUGCAUUGCCUACUGCAAUGGAUAUCAACAUCUGCAUCCAAACAACAGUGUCCAAUGGACAGACGACCAUGGGUCACCGCCGAACGCAAAGCGAACGCCAAUGCUCCGAGGUGA